AAAAUAAAAAUCUUGGUCCGAUAUUUCGUGUCGGUCGUCCAUCUGACUCGUUGCGUGCCAAAACUCCGCUCAUACGCCUCGAUCCCCGUCGUGUUGCGAAUUGAUCUUCGAUUUAGUAUGUGGAGAGGCGAAAACACCCAUAGGCGCAACGUCGGAACGAACUGCGUUAAUUUGCGUUUCAGCUGUUGCGGCUCUCUUUCCGUUUUCGACAUCAGAUGCGAUUUAACCUCCGACGAACACUGUCGGCAUAGGGUCCACGGCAACAUAUCGUGACAUUAGUUGUUUCGUAAACACGCUCGUUCAAAAUACAAUUUCUUUCCCUUUGGGAAAGAGAGGGAUGAUUGGAAAUGGAAAAGGACGGCGACAGCUUCCUGGAUUGGGAUUGGGACCUUGUUGCUGAGGAAGAGCUCCGAGCCAUCGAAGGCGUCUACUACUCCUCCGCCAAGAAGCGACGGAUUUCCUCCGAUCUUGACGCCGACGACCCUGCCCCCCUCCAUUCGCGACCAAGUGGCCGUCGUUUGCCCGACUGGGGCCGGGCCGACGCCACCGAGUCUCAGUGCCAUGGCGGGCACGGCGGCGGCGUGGCCACGGCGAUCGCCGAUCGGCCGCCGUCAUCUUGCCCUACAAAUGGGGCUUGGAGGGUCUCGCCACUUCGUUGCCCAGGUAAUUUCAAAGUGAGAUAUCCAACAAUGGCAUAUAGGGGGAGCAUCAUAUACUGUAGGACUGCUCCAGAAGUUGAGCAAGCGAGCAUGGAACUUUUAAAUAAAAUUAGAUCUAUGAAACAAUGUAUGGAUCAUAUCUCUCUUGGAUUUGACAUUGAGUGGAGACCUGUUUUCAAGAGGGGUGAAGCACCGAGGAAAGCUGCAGUUAUGCAAAUAUGCCUGGAAAAUGCCAGGUGUUAUGUCAUGCAUAUAAUCCAUUCUGGAAUUCCUCCUGGCUUGAAGUGUCUUUUGGAGGAUACUGUAUCUGUCAAAGUUGGAGUAUGUAUAGCCAAUGAUGCAUGGAAGAUGACAAAUGAUUAUAAUGUUUGUGUUGAACCAUUAGAGGACUUAUCGAGUCUUGCAAACCUCAAACUUGGUGGAGUGCCUAAGAGAUGGAGUUUGGCUUCUCUAACUGAAAUGAUUACAUGCAAGCAGCUGGAGAAGCCUAAAAAGAUAAGAAUGGGAAACUGGGAAGCUGAUGUGCUGUCAAAGGAGCAACUGCAGUAUGCAGCCACAGAUGCAUUUGUGUCUUGGCAUUUAUAUCAGCAGAUCCUAAAGGGAUUUCCAGAUGCAAAAUACGAAACAAAAAAUGUGGAGAAAGUAAAAAAAAAUUGACAUCAUGAAUGAGCAUCCAGAGAAGUAAAUUUCUUCCCUGUAACUAAUUUUAGUGGAAAUGUUUAUCUUCUAUGUGUUCUACAUGAUCAGGCCUUUUUCUAUCAACAUCAAGACUUUCUAGGAGAAACUUGUAUCGGCUUUUUUAGAGAAUAAAUGAUCUUUGUUAUAUGUAUAUGUCAUGUCCUAUGCGGUGGGAAUUUCUGUUGCCCGCAAUAGACCACUGGUGCAACAUCUGAAGUUGACGAAAAUGUGUAAUGAUAUGGUUUCAGUAUUUAUUUUAUGGAUUAAUGCUUCCUCUUUGUUCAA